UCCCCGCUCCUGCGCUGGGCUCCAUCUCCCAGCAGAAGGCGCAGCCAUGAAUCCGUUAUUCGGCCCCAACCUCUUCCUCCUGCAGCAGGAGCAGCAGGGCCUGGCCGGGCCGCUGGGCGACCCUCUGGGAAGCGACCACUUUGCCGGGGGCGGGGACGUGCCCCCCGCGCCGCUCUCCCCGGCCGGCCCGCCUCCCUACUCGCCCCGGCCGGGCCGGCCGCCCCCCGCCGCCAUGGCGCUCCGCAACGACCUGGGCUCCAACAUCAACGUGCUCAAGACGCUGAACCUGCGCUUCCGCUGCUUCCUGGCCAAGGUGCACGAGCUGGAGCGCCGCAACCGGCUGCUGGAGAAGCAGCUGCAGCAGGCGCUGGAGGAGGGUAAGCAGGGCCGGCGGAGCCUGGCUCGCCGCGACCAGGCCGUGCAGACCGGCUUCAUCAGCCCCAUCCGGCCCCUGGGGCUGCCCCUGGGCGCCCGGCCGGCCGCGGUCUGCACCCCGUCGGCGCGGGUGCUGGGCUCGCCCGCGCGCUCGCCCGCCGGCCCCCCGGCGCCCUCGGCCGCCGGCCUCUCGUCGGCCGCCACCUCCACAGCCUCGUCCACCGCCUACUCCUCGUCGGCCCGCUUCAUGCCGGGCACCAUCUGGUCCUUCUCGCACGCGCGCCGGCUGGGGCCGGGACUGGAGCCCACGCUGGUGCAGGGGCCUGGCCUGUCGUGGGUGCACCCCGACGGGGUGGGCGUCCAGAUCGACACCAUCACCCCCGAGAUCCGCGCCCUCUACAACGUGCUGGCCAAAGUGAAGCGGGAGCGGGACGAGUACAAGCGGAGGUGGGAAGAGGAGUACACGGUGAGAGUGCAGCUGCAAGAGCGUGUGACAGAGCUCCAGGAGGAAGCCCAAGAGGCUGAUGCCUGCCAGGAGGAGCUGGCGAUGAAGGUGGAGCAGUUGAAAGCGGAGCUGGUGGUCUUCAAGGGGCUCAUGAGCAACAACCUGACAGAGCUGGACACGAAGAUCCAGGAGAAGGCCAUGAAGGUGGACAUGGACAUCUGCCGCCGCAUCGACAUCACCGCCAAGCUCUGCGAUGUGGCUCAGCAGCGCAACUGCGAGGACAUGAUCAAGAUGUUCCAGGUCCCAUCCAUGGGGGGGCGGAAGCGGGAGCGCAAGGCUGCCGUCGAGGAGGACACCUCCCUGUCUGAGAGUGACGGGCCCCGCCAGCCCGAUGGGGAUGAGGAGGAGAGCACAGCCCUCAGCAUCAACGAGGAGAUGCAGCGCAUGCUCAACCAGCUGAGGGAGUAUGAUUUUGAGGACGACUGUGACAGCCUGACUUGGGAGGAGACUGAGGAGACCCUGCUGCUGUGGGAGGAUUUCUCAGGCUAUGCCAUGGCAGCGGCAGAGGCCCAGGGAGAGCAGCAGGAAGACAGUUUGGAAAAGGUGAUUAAAGAUACUGAGUCACUGUUCAAAAGCCGGGAGAAGGAAUAUCAGGAGACCAUCGACCAGAUAGAGCUGGAGCUGGCCACUGCCAAGAACGACAUGAACCGGCACCUGCACGAGUACAUGGAGAUGUGCAGCAUGAAGCGGGGCUUGGAUGUGCAGAUGGAGACCUGCCGCCGGCUCAUCACGCAGUCCGGAGACCGAAAGUCUCCUGCUUUCACUGCGGUCCCGCCUAGCGACCCGCCGCCGCCGCCGCCAAGCGAGACUGAGGACUCCGAUCGCGAUGUCUCAUCUGACAGCUCCAUGAGAUAGGGACCUGCCUCCAGCUCGGCUCCAGGCGCCCGGCUGGGAGUGCACCCAGGCACAGGGUUGGGGGUUCACCGAGGGGAACAUCAUUUGUCGUACUGCACCCAACACCAUAAGAACUGGGGUGCUCCUCCUUUGGGCUUCCUCCCUUGGUCCUGGGUCUUCGGGUUCUUGGGCUUCUGCAGCGAGGCUUGGGGUGCCCUUCCCGGGGGACUCCCAGCUGGGGCUCUCUUGCCUUUGUGCUUGGGUGCCUGCUGCUUUCCCAUCUGCGGAGCACUGCAGAGUGAUCGCGACCCCUCACCUCCACUGAGUAAGGAACGUGCUUGUCGGUCUCCUUCCACGCCUGGGGCCUAGAGCCGGCUCACUCUUUGGUUCUGUACUGGUGCUAACUGGCCCGGGUACUGGUAUGAGGAGGCCUGGACUGUGAGCACCUGCGGUGCGUCGAGAGGGCGCUCUUUGGGCUGCAGGUGGAGGACUGCAGGGCCGGCUGGUCCUCUCAGCAGAGAGAUGGGGUCAUGACCCUUCCCUGUGGAAGUGCCAGGCGUUAGAGGGACCCGAAUGCCCCUUCUAGGUGGCUUCUGGGUCUGACGGGUGCAGGGUCAUGAGGGAGACUCCAAGACUCCCUCAGCCCUUGCUGAGUGACAGAAGGCAGCGAAGCUAUUUGUGUGCACAUGGGUGUGUGUGUGCGUGAGCUCAGGGUCUCGGUUUCUUCAAGUGUCAGUGGAAGAUGGGCCUCCUGUGCCUGUCACGUCCUGAGACCCACAGGCCGAGGAAGACAUGCUGGACUUGGAGAAGCUUUGAGAGAUCGGGACGUGACCGAGAAGACCUCAGUGUAACUGCUUGGGAGAGGCUGUGCGAGCUGACAUAUGAAUGGAAUCUUUAAUAAUGAAAUUGGCGAGUAUUUAUUGAACACAUGUAUCACUGUUUCCAGCACUUUCUGGUGGUGGCUACACAAUCCUGACUCAGGUCUCACGAGGUUCCUCAUAUCCAAGGUGUAAGUACAAAGGGAGGCAGGAGAGAGAAUAAGUAACUUGCCCAAAGUACAGCAAGUGGCAGAGCCAGGUCACCAUGCAGAGCCACGCUCCUGCCCACUCAGCCCAGUGCCUCACCCACAGAGCACUCCCCGGAACUGAGGUAGGCACGACUAUCUUCCCGAUUUCUUUAUUGUGCUUACUAGGAACAGGAACUGGGUGUGGCUCUAAAUGCUGAUAUAACUGACCUAAUUGUAGUCUUUCCAAAGACCUUACAUGCUGGAAACCAUCAUAUCCUUAUUUUGCAUGUGGAAUGAAGAUACAGGAAGGGAAAGAAAUUUCUGGAAGCUUCCCAGCUGAGGGCAGAACUGGAAUUUGCACCAGGCGGUCUGGCUGCACUCCAUGCCCUCUACUGAGGCUUGGCUGCGCAGGACAAGGCCACAUGGUCUCAGGAGCCCAACUCCAAAGUUUUCUUACUCUAUCACCCCCCCCAGGAGGCUACCAAUAACCAAAAGCUAUUAGGCCUAGGGCAGGCCCCCUUAGCACCCAGGGGCCUGGGAAGAAAAGAGGUGAGGACAGGUGGAAGAAAGGGUGCCACAGCAUGCAGAGGUGCACCUGUGACAAGACUGCCUGGCACACGUAUGCCAGCCUCUUGGUAUUCACCAGAUCUUUCCUUUGGCUCCGGCCCAGCUUCCCUCCCCCUUCUCCCAGACCCUGGAAUAAGAAAACAGAGUUGGCUGGGUACAGUGUACUUUAUUGAUGGUACAUGACACAAGGCAGGGCUCCCUAAGCCCCUCCCCUUCUCCAGGGGGUCUGGGAUGGAACUGUGACAGGUCAGGAGAUUCUCGGUGUGGAUGAGUGAGGGAAGGACUCCCCAGCAGCUGAGGGCGCCGCUCUUCCUCCUGUGCUCUCGCUGGGGCUGGUGGUCCGGGGGCUCUUACUCCUUGGAGGCCAUGUGGACCAUGAGGUCCACCACCCUGUUGCUGUAGCCAAAUUCAUUGUCAUACCUGCAAGGGAGCAGUAGUUACAGGCCGGCGCCAGGGGGCGCCAGACCCGCCAUCACUUUCUCAAGCCUGUCUCCACCCCAGCCACAUACCAGGAAAUGAGCUUGACAAAGUGGUCAUUGAGGGCGAUGCCAGCCCCAGCAUCGAAGGUAGAGGAAUGGGUGUCACUGUUGAAAUCGCAGGACACGACCUGGGGAAGGAAAGAAAACCAAGUAUGGGAACCCAGUCUUGCCCGGCGGGAGGGGUAGAGGCCAAGCUCCCCGGCCUAUCAGUACCUGGUCCUCGGUGUAGCCCAGGAUGCCCUUGAGGGGGCCCUGUGAGGCCUGCUUCACCACUUUCUUGAUGUCGUCAUAUUUGGCCUAACAAAGUAAAAGGAGACAGGGAUUCAAACCCCAAUCUUCCCGUCGUUUCACCAGACACACAGACCC